AUGGAUAAACAGGUUGGAUUGUAUGGAGUCGACAACAGGACGAUUCUUAGUUCAGUGACAGACGGACUCGGACCAAACAGAGAGUCAGGAGGCCAUGUUGACGGAGUCUGCAAACCCUUGCUCGUUGAUACCAUACAGACUGGAUGUGACAUUCCCCGGAGGGUGGUUUGUCUGGGGUCGUCAGGGGCCUGGGUCAGUGGCAUUGAUGACGUCAUAGAAGCUUGGAGCAUGAAAGACAAAAGCAAUGUCCGGGAUAUUUUUCAAACGCUAUCCGGUAGGCGUCCGACGGAUCUUGCCCUCAGUCCGGAGGGGCGGAUAGUGUACUCUGACCACUUCCAGAGGAGAAUACUGAAAUAUAAGAACAGGCAGGUCAAAACAGUUCUAUGCUUCCGGAAAUGGCGCCCCUCGGGAAUAUGUUAUACAUCUUCCGGCGAACUAUUGGUGGGGAUGUCAAACGCGGAUUAUUCAGAGAAGAAAAUUCGACGAUACGACGGCAAGAAAAUCCGUCACGUGAUCCAGUUCGACCAGAGGGGGAGGGCACUCUUUACCCCGGGGGAUCUAGCCAUAUUUGUGAAAGAAAAUAAGAACAGGGAUAUAUGUGUUGUAGACUGCCAGGCUAAAGUGUUGCUUAUUCUAAACAAAGCUGGGUGUGUUCGAUUUAAGUACUCGGGCGGUCACGUGGGAGGUGAUUUUAAUCCCGGCUGUCUGGCCACGGACUCUCUGUGUCGGAUCCUGCUGACGGACACGGGUAAUGACGUCAUACACGUUCUGGACCGGGACACGCGGUUGCUAGGGGUCAUUGACCGCUCCCAUGGGGUGACUGGGUGUGUCGGGAUUGCAGUGGACGGCGAGGACCGAGCUUGGGUGACGGAGUGCCAUACAGCCAAACUCAAAGUCGUCACUAUUAGUACUAGAACUGUUGUCAAAGCUCAUCCCACUCAGCCUAAAUCAGAGUGA